CCGGAGCCGGAGUUGAGUAGGGAGGAUACGGGCUGCAACCUGCAGCAUAUCAGCGACCGAGAGAAUGUCGACGAGUUGAACAUGGAGUACAACCCCUCUGACCAUCCUCGGGCCAGCACUAUAUUCCUCAGUAAAUCUCAGCCGGAUGGUGAGUUGGUCUCAAUGAAUCUCAGACUCUUUGGAAUCACUCAACAGGUGCAUUUAACAUGGACUUUACCUAAGGCCUUUAGGGAAGACCAAUGGUUUUUCUGAUCAUGUGACCUGAUCAAGAAAUAAACCCAGGUUUAUUAGUGAACUCCUGGCCCCGUAUUCAUAAAGCGUCUCGGUGUAGGGAUCUGUUUUGCCUUUUUGAUCGUAAUGAAUAAAAUUACAUGGACGGGGGACCUGAUCCUAGAUCAGCACACCUACUCUGAGACGCUUGAUACAAACUGCAGUACAGCAUAACCUCUAACACAAUACAUUACAAAAUAUGCUAUUACAAUCCCAGAUCACACAGCUUCCAUUGAACACAGUCAGCUUUGAUCUCUGUGGUAAUGUAUGCCUUGCCCUGGGGUGUUUCACUACCAGCAGUUUCAGUACCAGCAGCCUCUGUGGAUUCUCAUACUAUCACUGUUUUUUUUCUCUGAUAAAUAUGAGCAUUUUUCUAGGAACAACGCCUGCUUAUGACUGAUCUGAAGAACUUUUGAGUCAUGCUUAGUUGUGUUAUACUGUAACAAGACAGUACUGGCAGCAGAGCAGGUUAAGAUACACCAUUGUCCAGAAGCUGCAUCAUAGAAAAGGUGACAUUUGGUACAUACCCAUGUGUUAAAGUGAGAGCCAAUGAUAGUUGUGUGUUUUUGAGUUGGACAGGUAAAUGAAGUAGAUGGAUUUGGGUUCUCUUUCAGUGGAGUUGCCUAGCAAGAAUGGGCAAUGCUGAUAACCAAGGAUCAAAGCCUUUCUCGCUCUUUCUCUUUUUAUCUCUGUUAAGUGCGUGAAAAAAGAAAGAGCCUCUUCAUCAAUCAUGUGAGUAUUAAAUGCUUAUUAAAUAUAGGCAUCUAUAUUAUUUCAUGAUGUUGGAAAGUUAGUCUUUGUAGCUGAUUGAUAAUGUUAAUGAUAAUUCCUUGUUGUUUUACAAGUUAACACACAUUGACGAGUCAAAGGUAAUGUACAACAUUAUGUCCUCCAUGGAUCCAUUCAGUUGCAACUCGUGUGACAUCCUGUUAAAUUAAUAUGGUUAGUGCCGGCUUGCAUCAUUCAUGGUAACGUGUUAGGAGUGAAGGAAUCUCUGCAUUAUUGUAAAAGAUGAACAGUCCUUAGCUAGCCGAUACAUUAUUGCAUUUCAUGUCUUCAUUUGUCAUGCAUGUCCAUCGCGUGCUCCGUUUGACGAAGUAUAGCCUACUGUAGAAACCUUACGUCAUGUAUCAAUAUGCCCUCUAACAGUCAGCUUUUAUAUUUGUAGCCAUAUGUGUAUUUGUAAUUCUAUUUCAUUAUCGUAGCAUGGAUCAAGGAGACGAAAACACAGCUCCUGUUCCACCAUCUUCCUAGAUGACAACACUGUCAGUCAGCCCAACCUUAAAUUCACCAUCAAAUGUGUAUCCCUUGCAAUAUAUUACCAUAUAAAGAACAGGUACACAGAUGGAGGAAUGCAGCAAGACAUUUUUGACGAGAAGCUUCACCCUCUCUCGAAAUCAGAAGUGCCGUCUGACUAUGACAAACACAACCCAGAGCAGAAGCAGAUCUACCGCUUCGUCCGGACGCUGUUCAGCGCUGCUCAGCUCACUGCAGAAUGUGCCAUUGUUACACUGGUGUACGUUGAGAGGCUGCUGACGUAUGCAGACAUAGACAUUGGCCCAGGGAACUGGAAGCGUAUGUUGCUGGGAGCCAUCCUGCUGGCAUCUAAAGUCUGGGACGAUCAGGCUGUGUGGAACGUAGACUACUGCCAGAUCCUCAAAGACAUCACCGUGGAGGACAUGAACGAGCUGGAGCGUCAGUUUCUGGAGCUUCUUCAGUUCAACAUCAACGUUCCGUCUAGUGUUUAUGCCAAGUACUACUUUGACCUGCGCUCACUGUCAGAGACCAACAACCUGAGCUUCCCUCUGGAGCCCCUGAGCCAGGACAAAGCCCAGCGACUAGAGGCGAUCUCGAGGUUGUGUGACGACAAGUACAAAGAUACCAGGAGAGCUGGCAAGAAGCGCUCUGCGAGCGUGGACAACCUGGUCGGAGUGCGAUGGGUCCCUGCUAUCCUCUCCUAACAACCAGGAACAUAGACCAUACCUGAGACUGGGCCUCAGGCCAGCAUGGGGACAUCCAGUCUUUUACCUAGCAAAAUUCUAGUAACUUUCCGAAAAAUCCCAGAUUUUCUAGAAAUCCUGCUUGGAAGAUUCCCGGAAUCAGCAGGAAAUCUAGAAUCCUCCGAUCUGGAUUUCUGGAAAACCUGAGAAUUUGAGGAAAGUUAUCGGAAUUCUGCUCCCCUAACUUAGACAGACUUUGUCCUCAUCACAGAUAGAUGCCUUUGCAGUGCCGCUACUCCUGUAACACAGAAGGAAGAACUCUCUACAGGACUGGUACUUCACUGACUGUUAAGAAAAAGAAAGCUUCUUUGUGAUAUAAAGAUUUGACUGUUUGGAGAGCUCAUGACAUCAUAGCUUCCUGUUGACAGAAGUAGCCAGAUGAUCACCGCGGCAACAUGAGCUUUAUGCGUUGAAGCAGCAAACCAAGAUAGAAGUGGUCAGAACAAAAUGUCAAUGUCAUUUGACCUCUUACCCUGGAUCAUGACAAACGAAAAGGGACUGAAACGAGGAGGGACGACCUGAAAUUGUCCAAUAAGAAACGUGUGUUUUCGUUGCCGUUGCAAAACGCUUUGCUACAGUGUCCACUAAUGAAUACGACCAUGGGUCUGGACUAUCCAACCUGGCAUGACAGGACAGAUGGUUGCCUUUACAGACGGUUCUGUGGCUUUUGGUGAACAGGUUUUUAUUUAUUUUGUAUUCAUAGUUGUUUUUACUACUAAGUGCUACAGCCAACCAAACCCAGGUACAAUAUUUGAUCAGAUAAAAUAGCCUUCUAGCUGUGCAGGCGUUUCUACUUGAUCUACACAUACAUUCCAGAAUCAUUUAGUUCUUAAUGAACACAAUUAUUUUGUUUAUGUUCAAACAAGUUGGCCAUAAUUAAUUACCUUUCCACUUGUGUACAGUUACUGUGCCUCCCAAUACAGAAUGUUGUAUUCAAAUCUGCAGCUAAAAUCCUAAUUGAAAGCUUUUGGAGAUAUGUGAGUGAUUUUUAGCUACUGUGAAUGUGUCAUCCACAGGAUUCAAAGUAGGUUAUGUUGACAAGAAAGCAACCAAUGAAAGGAUAGAAAUGGGUUGUCAUACUUGAUACACUGUAGAGCAUGACUUGUGUUUUUUGUCUCAGAACUCUGGAUGUUUUAAGCUACAAUGUUUUUUUUUAAGAACAAAAACCUGAAUCCUGAGCCAACUUAUAUAUAACAUGGCUCCUUCAAACUUUAUACAGAUUGAUUUUGUCUUUUAAGCAAUUAUUUUUGAUUCAAAUAUUAUUGUUAAAUUCCUGAUGAUCAACUUUUAGUUGUUUUAUCAUUUGUCAAGAAGACCCCUGACAACUGAAGCACUAGAAUUUAAUUAUUUUGCUAAUCAACUUUCUACAGUGUGUAAACAAGUAUUAAAGUGAUGAGAUCAUUAACUUAAUUGUUAAAUAUUUAUAUUGAGGUGUUGAUCCAUGUUUAUACUAAAAUAAAAUUUCCUUGUUUUCUUA